UUCAGCCGAAGAAGUGGGUCAGGCGGACCACCGGAGGAGCGCAAGAUAAACAGGCAGCGGACCGCUGGAGAUGGUGGAAGGAUCUCAUCCUCAUCUCUGCAUCUGACCUCGAGCAGCACCAGAAAGACAGCAGCAGAACCAGCGGAGAACUUCUGUCCAGAGCAUCUCUCUUUCUUCUUCCAGCAGCCCCCCCCGGCGGGUCAGCUGGGGCUGAGCGGAGCCGAGCCGAGCCGGAUGCAGGACCAAGGAGGAGAGAGACAGGUCGGCAGCAGUUUGCCCCACAGUGUGAAGGCGAGCCUGUCUCUUUCUCCAUCUGGGUCGGGACGAGUGGGCAGUGGAGGAGGCAGUGGCGGUGGCGGCGGCGGCAUUGGUGGUGGCGGCGGUGGUUCUCCCACAUCCAAGAUGGGCUACUGCGCAGGGGUGCCAGUGGAGGACAUGCAGGCUCUGGCCAUUACAUCACUAUCAGCAGCAGAUGUAGCCAAACAAUAUGAGCACAUUCGCGAGCUGGGAAAGGGCACCUAUGGAAAAGUGGAUCUAGUGGAACACCGAACUCAGGGGACUCAAAUGGCCCUGAAGUUUGUCACCAAGAACAAAACAAAGCUGAAGAGUUUCCUGCGAGAGUACAGUCUAACGGGCUCGCUCAGCUGCAGCCCUUUCAUCAUCAACGUCCUGGAUGUGCUGUUCGAGACUGAUGACAGCUAUGUGUUCGGACAAGAGUACGCUCCUGCCGGGGACCUUUUCGAUAUUAUUCCUCCCCAGGUGGGUCUUCCAGAAGAUAUGGUCAAACGCUGCAUGCAACAGCUCGGCUUGGCUCUGGACUUCAUGCACAGCAAAAGUUUGGUGCAUCGAGAUGUCAAACCUGAAAAUGUCCUUUUAUUUGACCGUGAGUGCCGCCGCAUCAAGCUGGCUGACUUUGGCAUGACCCGACGUGUGGGCUGUCGUGUGAAACGGGUCAGCGGCACCAUCCCCUACACAGCACCCGAAGUGUGCCGUGCUAGUCGCGCAGAGGGCUUCCUGGUGACCACCAGUCUGGACGUGUGGGCGUUUGGCGUGCUGGUUUUCUGUAUGCUGACAGGUAACUUCCCCUGGGAGGCAGCGCUGCCGACCGAUGCCUUCUACGAAGAGUUUCGGCGCUGGCAGAAAGCAGGGUGCCCUGUGGGCACAUACCCGUCUCAGUGGCGCCGUUUCACUGACAACGCGUUGCGCAUGUUCCAGAGGCUGCUAGCUGCCGAGCCUGAAAAACGCUGUGGAGUCAAAGACGUUUUCUGUUUCAUCAAGUACGAGCUGGUUACUGAGCUUCGACGCCGGGCAUCUUGCAGAGCUAAAAGAGGUGAGAGGUCAAGCUCAGGCGUGUGUACCGGCAGUUGCACAUCCUCCUCGUCUUCUUUAUCGCGCUCCUCCCACAGACACCCUGAGCCCUCCACCCCUCCAGGAACAUCUUGCCUACGCCCUGCACCUCUGAAGCGAAGCGUCCUGUCCGACCCCUUAUCUCCCAGAGAGGAGUCUCCCGGCCGAGACAAGAACAAAAGCCAGAUGGUAAUGGCGACUGCCAUUGAGAUCUGUGUGUGACAAUGCUAAUAGAGUCGAGAUGGUGUUUCACAGUAAUAACAAGCUGCGAGGACGCAUUAAUAACUCACACACAUGGACUAACGAAAAGGUGAGGUACUGCAAGCAGUAAAGCUCAGGAUCACAUCUCCGGCUCUGCAAAUGGAUAUCAUCAAUCAUUGGUACUGGCUUAGACAACCUAUCACAUGCCUUUUAGAUUUUGAUUUGCGACCAAAGGCUGCUUCCCAAACUGUGGAGCCAGGCAGCAAUUAGGAGUCCUCCAAUUCUUUCCUUCUCAGCAGCUCAUGCAGACAUUUGCCGUUGUUUACCCAUAUGCUGUUGUGGUGCUAAUGGUUCUAAUAUUAGAUACUCUACAAACCAUUUUCUCCUUCAUAACUGCAAAUCCUUUAGUUUUCUUUUGCUCUAUUUGGACAGGAGUCAUUUAACAUGAGGAGGUGUGGUAAAGUAAUUAUUACCAGAGUUGGAGAUUCUCAGUCAUGAAGGUUAUGGUAUCCAAGUAGGUUGAGCUAGGUCAGCUUGACUUGUUUAGUUCUUUGAAGACAUUUCAGUUUUCAUCCAUUAAAGCCACGGAGUUCCUCAGUGAUUUUUAUCCCAUCUGCAAGCAUUGUU